AUGGCGUCUCCUGAAGAAGCCAUCCUCUACCGCCAGGAAGGGAGAAUUGCCAUCAUCACCCUCAACCAGCCCAAGAAACUCAAUGCCAUGACCCAACCCUACUACUACCGCAUCUCUUGCCUCCUCCGCGACAUUGCAGCCAACCCAGACAUCAGUAUCACUGUCCUUACGGGCACCGGCCGAUUCUUCUCCGCGGGUGCAAAUGUCACUACUACAAGGCCUGGAGUUGGACCAGGCACGAGUAAAGAUGAAGCAAGAAAUGAUAUACUCCGGGCAUUCGUGAGCAAUAACCUGGACAUCACACGAUCUUUCUAUACCCACCCUAAGAUCUUGAUUGCUGCCCUCAAUGGUCCCACCGUCGGCUUGUCUGCUGCGCUUUUGGGAUUCUGCGACUUCAUCUAUGCCGCUCCUCACACUUUCCUCUUGACGCCCUUCUCUUCGCUCGGUUUGGUCGCUGAGGGCGGUGCCUCAAUUGGCCUUGUGCAACGUCUCGGUCUGACCAAAGCCAAUGAGGCACUCAUCAUGUCCCGAAAGAUCCCUUGCGACGAGCUUGUGGCCUGUGGAUUCGUGAACAAGGUAUUCUCUGGCAAGGAUCAAAAUGACAGCGACGGAUUCUUGAAACAGGUAUUGGCCGAGAUCCGGGACAAGUUGGGCGAGCAUUUGAACCAGGAAAGUUUGAUUAAGAUCAAAGAGCUGAUCCGGCGACCUUUCUUGGAGAGCUUGGAGGCUCAGGGUGUCAGAGAGGUGAUGGAAGGAAUGACGAGAUUCAUCCAAGGUGCCCCACAAGAAGAAUUCCGAAAAAUCGCCAGUGGUGAAAAGAGACAUAAAUUAUAG